AUGAAGAUCGUUGGAUCGAUCCUUUUAAUUAUCGUAACAGUCAAUGCGAUCGAACAGGUUCGUUAUGACCUGCAGAACAAAUUUUACAAACGUCCCAGUUCGUCCACGACUUGGAAACGGAGUCAAUUGGAUGUUAGAUUAGACGAUAGACGAAUUGGUACAACUCAAAGAUCGAUCAUUUAUCGACAAGAUAAACGAAAUAGACCAUCGUCGAUUAUUUUCUUAGAAGACGACGUGAAAAGUGAAUUGUUAGAAAAUGGUAAUAAUCAAAUGAAAAGAGAAAAUUUCGAAGAAAGUGAAAGUAAUAGUUUUAUCGGGGAUUCGUCUCAGAAUAUAAGAAAGUUUGUACGCGAACAUCGUGCUAUCGAGAGUACUUUGAAAAAUGUUGUACCAUUGCCAAUAUCGGAGAAAAAUAAUUAUCAAUACGUUUCUAACUUUCCUUAUUCGUCACGUCGACCUGAACCUAACGUUGAAGAAUUUUUAGAAGAAAUUAAACGUAGAAGGAAUAACGGUGAUUUGGAUAAGCUUUUUGGAAGUAAUUACAGACAAGGUAGAAGAAGGAAGUUGACCAGUCAACAACAAGGUGUCCUGUUGGUGGAAACACUAAGAAAGAAAAGAAAUCAGAGCGACACUGAUGAUUAUCGGGGACACUCUUCUUCGGAUUUACAAAGUGGAAUUAUGGACAUGUUAGGCAGAAUGAUACCACAAACGUGCAAAUACAAGGGGACCAAAUUUGAAUGCGGAUUGAGUAUAAGUUGUGUCCUGGCAGGCGGUAGACCAGUCGAUUUGUGUUCAGGUGGAUUAAUUUGGAGUUGUUGCGUGGACGACGAUGAUAUUCCAGAGAAAAUACCAAAACCAAGUGUUGGAUUACUUCAAAAUGCCACAUUUUCGAUAAAUCUGGCGCAUCAGCAACCCUACGUAGAAGACAACGUGCAUAUUUAUGGUAACAAUUUGAGACCAAGCAAGCCCACGUACAUGGAAGAUGUUCAUAGACCAAGUUAUUCCUACAUCGUGAACAAUCCAAGCAAACCGAGUUGGCAACAUCAACAACAACAACAACAACAACAGCAGCACGAUCACGAUCGUCCCUCUUACGUGACACGUCCCACAGUUUAUCGACCACCUACAGUUCAAUUUGAUUAUCCUCAGGACGAGUACGAUUCGUCUUACCCUCAGUCCAACACUGGAAUCCAUGUGCCUGUCGAUGAUGUCUCAAACUCAUUGGAUUAUUCACAAUAUCGUGGUUGUGGAGAACUUUACACGAGAAGUAAUAGGAUCGUUGGUGGACAUAGUUCAAGUUUUGGAAGUCAUCCAUGGCAGGCUGCCAUUAUAAAGUCGGGAUUCCUUACGAAGAAAUUAUCCUGCGGCGGUGCCCUAUUGAACAACAGAUGGGUCGUAACUGCAGCACACUGUGUUGCAACGACACCGAACAACAAUUUGAAAGUUCGACUAGGUGAGUGGGACGUGAGAGACGGCUCGGAACGUUUGCUUCAUGAAGAAUUUAACAUUGAAAGGAAGGAAGUUCAUCCCCAAUAUUCACCUACGGACUUUCGAAACGAUGUUGUUAUACCUAACGAAAGAUGUCAAAGGUGGUUCAGAGCAGCUGGUAGACGUGAAACCAUACACGAUGUUUUUCUAUGUGCCGGUUACAAAGAAGGUGGUCGAGAUUCGUGUCAAGGAGAUUCAGGUGGACCAUUAACCAUGUCCGUUGAAGGCAGACACGUGUUGAUUGGUUUAGUGUCAUGGGGUAUUGGCUGUGGCCGCGAACACUUGCCUGGUGUAUAUACCAAUAUUCAGAAAUUCGUGCCGUGGAUAGACAAAGUUAUGAGUUGA